AUGGGUGAUCAGAACUACAACACACAAGCACUUGAGCCCAAUGGUAGAGCAGUGGGUGUCACAGAGCAUGCUUGGUGUCAAGCUGUGUCAUGUGGCACAGGCAUAACAGUCUUGGCACUUCAAGUGUGCAAGGCAGAGACAGAGAUUUCUCUUCUCCAAAAUGCUCUUCCCAAACUCCAGAAUGCCCACCCAAUCCUCCGAUCCAAACUGCACUACAACACUGCUUCAAACGCAUUCUCAUUCACCACACCCACCAAACCCUAUCUCCAACCCAAACUAUUCUCUCUCUCAUCAACCUCACAACUCCUCCAAACCCUCUCCAACAACUCAUCUAACACCUCUCUCUCUCCAUUACAUUUAAUCCUCGAACACGAGAUGAACACCAACAUAUGGUCCAACCCCAGCAACUUUCCAUGCACUGGACUUGACGUGUUGGUCUCCAACGUAUACGCAUUGCCGGAGAUGAAACUGGUGGUGGUGCUCCGUCUCCAUACGGUGGCGUGUGACCGAACCACGGCGGUGUCGUUGCUGAGAGAGUUGAAGGAGUUGGUGGGGGAGAGAGAGGGAGGAGGGGUUCAAGGGAAGAAAGGGGACAUUAUUAGUUUGGGAAUUGAAGAGCUUAUUCCUAAUGGGAAGGCAAAGAAGCCUUUGUGGGCACAUGGAGUGGACAUGUUGAGUUACUCUGUGAACUCAUUGAGGCUCACAAACUUGAAGUUCAAAGAUGUGAAGGGGACUAGGUGUUCUGAGGUGGUGAGACUAAAGUUGAACCCACAAGAAACUGCUAACAUUCUUGCUGGUUGCGAGUCGAGAGGAAUUAAGCUGUGUGGAGCUUUAGCAGCCGCAGGCCUGAUUGCUGCGCAUUCCUCCAAACGCCGCCACGACCACCCCCGGAAAAAGUAUGCUGUCGUGACUCUAAUGGAUUGUCGUUCACUCCUUGAGCCACCUCUUUCCGGUCACCAUUUCGGAUACUACCACUUUGCAAUCCUCAACAUACUUGCUGUGGGAGGAGGAGAAAAUAUAUGGGACUUGGCUAGCCGGAGUUACAUGGCGUUUGCAAAGUCCAAGAACUGCAACAAGCAUUUCUCAGACAUGGCUGACCUGAACUUUCUCAUGUGCAAGGUCAUUGAGAACCCGGGAUUGACUCCAUCAUCUUCGUUGAGAACCUCAUUCAUCUCGGUUUUUGAGAACCCAGUGAUCGACACUACCAGAGAGAUGGAUCAAGAACUUGGGCUGGAGGAUUAUAUGGGAUGUUCUUCUGUUCAUGGUGUUGGCCCCUCCAUUGCUCUUUUUGACACCAUACGAGAUGGACGGUUGGAUUGUGCUUGUGUGUACCCAUCCCCACUGCAUUCCAGGGAGCAGAUGGAGGAAUUUGUUGGCCAUAUGAAGAGGGUUCUUAUUCAUGGUAGUUACUAG